AUGAUGAUCAUAAGACAAACCAUUUUUCAUUGUUUAGCUCUUUUUCAUUUUUGUAAAUCAGAUGAUUCCUAUAAUAAUAUUUUUCGAAUGGGAGCCGUACUCAAUGCAGCUGGUUUUAAUAAACAUUUACAAAAUGAAUUUUAUCGACAACUUUACGUAUCGAAGAUAACAAAGUUAUUGUCAAUUGAUGGAACAACAUCAACACUUCAUUAUAAUUCUGAUAUUCUAUCUCACUUUGCACAAAUCUUAGAUGAUCAGUUUAUGAAUAUAUCUACAUCCGUUCAUUCACUUGAUUCUUCCUUAUCGAGACAAUCGCUGAGUGCUCCUUCGUGUAACAGUGUUUUGGAUGCCCUUCGGAUAACUCUCAAUCCGAUUUAUUCUCAUCAUCUCUUCCGACGUCAAUUUGCUUUCACUAAUGAUUAUCAGUUCGAAUACCCUUCAGAAUUUCUUCCAACACAUGCAAAGUUACAUUGGUCAGCUAUCUUGAAAGAAAGGCUGAAGAACUCCACACGUAAUGUAGUUCUUCUUCUAGAUAUAGGAUCGAUAUCUUUGGAUAGUCAGCUGGAAACUUUGAAAACAACAUCAUUACAUCUUCUUGAUGUUGCUCUUCCCAAUGAUUUCUAUGCAAUUCUUGUGAUUGAUUCCAACUCGGUUCUUGAGAUUUGUUCGAGAGAUCGUCAUCCUCUAGCGCACCAAGCAUUCAUUCCAAUAAAUAGUCGAAAUAUUAAAAAACUGCAGUCAACUGUUGAGGAAAUCAGGAGAAAUGCAGUCGUCAACAGCUCUUCAUCUCAUUCGUUUGCUUUGGAAAAAUCAUUUGAAUUGUUAUCCUCGCAAAAAAACGUUGGAACUUCCACGAAUAUUAUUCAAUACAUCAGUAGAGGAAAAUUGGAAGAACUGAGUGAUGCUUCGAAUGUUCUUAAAAGCCUCGCAGUAACGGUAUUGAAAUAUAAGUUUGCCGUGAAGAUAAACACUUUAAUCAUAACAGACGGAACAGGAAGUUCAUUACUUUGGCCAGCAGAAUUCAUGGAAUCUAUAGCAAAACAAAACUUUUCACGAUAUCGGUACAGCUUGAACUUGACUUUGGAAAAACAAUUGGAAGAAAGUCAAUACAAGCCGUUUGUCGGGGAGGCAGUUUUAUUGAACCGACCAUUACCACUGUCAUUAUCUUUGAAUGCAAUUGAAAAUCUGUUGAAGCCUGACGGAUUUAUAACCACAGCAAAUGAAGCCAGCUGGCAUAUUCAACCUAAAGCGUAUGGAGAAGACGAAGAACAAAUAGCAACAGUAACACAAACGAUAAGUGAUGAUAGAGGGCUCACUGUUUUCGGAAUCGAUGUGCCUAUCCAUGAUCUAUUCUGGCCUGUCGCUCAUGAUGACCAUGUGCUUUAUGCUCCUCCCUCGGUAGACUUUGAAGUUUUUUUAACAAUAGAAAAAGGCUAUAUAGUUUCUUCAUCUUCUGGCCACUUUGGGAUUUACAUUAAUGAAGUGGACGAUUGGGCCGUCUCUAGCAAAUGGCUCCUAGACGAUGUCAAUGCGGAACAAGGCGACAUUGAAAUAUCCAAUAGAAGCAAUAAAAAAUUAUUUUAUUAUUGGAAAAAACUUAAAACUAAGCCAUUUUUGCUGUUCAUCAGAACAACAGAGAAGUCUUUCCCAUUCUCUUCGCACAAGCCAAAUUUGGAAAUUGACAAACAACUCAACUCGCAAAAUCAUCUAAUUUACAACCAUCGUUCACGAACUGGGACGCUUCUGUGCGUUCAAAACGGUGAAUGGUUCAAUUAUGAUUUCUCCACUCUCUUCUUGCCUAUUUCGAUAUAUCCAUUUGGUAAAGAACCUUUCCACCGUUCAAACUAUUUGUAUACUUCGGAAGUUCACGACUUCGAUGAAAAAGAGCUGAGUUCAAUCAUUCAACAAGAAAUGCACUUGCUCUCUUUGGUUUCACGGUUUUGGAAAAGUGAUAUGACCGACAAAGAUAUUCCUGUUAUCAGGAGGUUUUUGGCUUCUAGGCGUGGAGUUCUCGUUGUCUCACCGGCAACGAGAAUAUCUAAUCGGUACGAACCUCUUCGUCAGCGUUGGUUCCAAGAAGCUAUGAAAAAUGAAGGGAAGCUGGUAGCCACUGGCCCGUACUUGAAAGCGCACUUAGGUGAAGUCAUAGUUUUAUCUAUGACAGUAUCUUUCGCUAAGAAUGAAUCAGUUUUCGGAGUUCUCGGUCUGGAAAUUCCAACAGCUUACUUCCGUCUUCUCUUGGCUGAAAGUCUAUCACUCUGUUCUCAAAGCAGAAGAUGUGUCAUAUUCACGGCAUCUGGUUCCAUCAUUUAUGCAGGAGAGGAAUCUGAAAAAGCCAGAAUUUCUUCAGAUGUUUUGGAACGAUUUCAUAUUUCCCAUCAAGAACCAAUGUUGACAAGUCAAAUGAUCAGAGAUCCCGCGCUAGUUCAUCGAGCUCGUUGUAAAUCAUCGAUAGGAGUUAGGAGAUAUUUUGAAUGGCAAACUCAGUACAAAAAAGUCCAUACGUCACCCUGUGGAUCAAAACCAAUUGAUUCUCAUGUUAUUCCUAUACAACAUGAGAUUGUGGCUUUAUCGAAUACAAAUUUGUUUAUUGCUAUGAUUAACACGACGUGCAAUCGAUCAUCAGCCACGGUAUUCUGCCCCUGCUCAGUUAAUGAUCAUCGAUGUCUAAUAUGUGGACGUUAUUCAGAACAUGAAUGUGAAUGUCCUUGCCAAUGUUCCAUCAAUGAGUUGUGUGCAUUACCAGCGGAGAUUGAGGAAGCCAUUCCUUUCUGCCCGAUUGCUUUAAGAGAAGAUCGUUUGAGUAUUGAAGUCACUUCAUCGGAUAAUAGCUUGAAUAUGUGCGAACACACAUCGUGUUCCUCAUUGCUUCAUAUAACCACUUGCCUAGCAACUGUUGGUUGCGGUUGGUGUGAGUUUGAUUCAAAAGGAAACAGGUUACCAAUUGGCAACUGUAUGCCUAUAUCUGUAUGUUAUCAAGGAGUUCAUGGAAGAACGACUAUGAAAGCGAUGGAUCGUCUUGAGCAAUGGGCUUUAGCAACUCCUUUUGGUCCCUUUGCUGCUGGAAUUCUAACCAUUUUUCUAGUGGUAGCUCUUCUCUUCUACUGCUACCGAGCUCAAGUUUCUGGAAUCACAACUCGGCGAUCCUUUUCGGAUGGAGCUCCACUCUUCAACGGUCAUACUAACUUUGAUGGAGAGUACGAUAGAACCGUGUUCAAAGAAGAGAAACAAUGUGUUCAACUCGCUUCGUUCGAAAGAGAAGCCCCACCGCCUCAAAACCCAAACCGAAAUGUAGAUAGCGACCAUGGGUAUUCAACAAUGACUGAUCGCAAUACCAUCAAUGAGGAAACUGAGAGCUCAACCAGUUAUUCUACUGACAGACCUCGCUUGUCCAUAAAAGUAUUAACUAGGGAUAAACCUGGUCCUACUUACAUAACAACUGCCGCUAUAAUUCACCCUGAGCCUCGAGGAUCGCUCCUAGCUUAG